AUUAACUUAUUAAUCGUUUAGCAUAAACAUAAACUUCCUACUAACAAACUAGUGCGUGUGUGUGUCUAUAUAAAAUGUGGGCUAUAACAUUCAUUGUCUUGGCUGUGGCCUCUCAAGGAGCUUUGUCCUUUAACGCCUUGCCUUUGGCUCAUCGUCAAAUGGCCAAUAUUAUGCUGAAAGCCAGCCAAUCCCUGAGCAACAAUCCUGAACGUAGUGCACAGUGUUUCCCCGUAUAUUCGCAAGGAAUCGCCAAUGCCAAUGAUAAAUAUGCCGCUGCCUAUGACCAAUGUUUGGAUACUGCCACUAAUGCCGAAAAGGCUGUUGAGACAGAAGUAGCUGCUGAUCGUCAAACUGUUGCCAAUCAAGGCGAUGCCAUUUGUACUUCAUUCCAGACAUGCUCUCAGGUUGCAUCAGCCGGUGACUUCUUUGAGUGUUAUUAUGAUGCGGCCGGCUCAUCCCUUUCCACCUCUUUGGAUAUGCAAUCUCUUUCCAAAAAUAAAAUGCAAUAUGUUGAAUUGAGAUAUCAAACUAUUGAAUACGAUAAGAACUAUUGUACAAAUGAUUGCACCAACACCUACAUCAAGGAGUCUACAGCCCUUUAUCAACAAUUGGAAACAUGCUUGGCUACAGGUGAAGUUGUGACACCAGCCCCUACUACUGCAACAACUACUACACCCACUACUACACCCAAUACUGAACCAACUACAACUACUGAAAUUGCUACUGAUACAACUACCACCACUGAAAUUGAUACCACCACAGUGGCUCAAAUCUAAAUUUUCAUUUAUUUUGAUUUCAUUAAUUAAAAAUCCAUUUAUUUAUUCUAUUUAUAAAGACUAUCAAAAGGAAAAAAGUUGUCAAAAUAAAGAGUUAUUGAAAAUUAAAA